CAGAUAAGGCCCAUGGGACAGCUAUAUAACAAAGCAUGAUUUUGUGUUGUAGGAAGGUAUCAUCAGAUCAGGCAACUACAUCAUCAAGAAUGUCACAAACUAAUGUCGUCGUUGUUGGUGCCGGUGUGAUUGGACUGUCAACAGCUCUGGUACUGUCCAAACACAAGAACUUCAAUGUGACAGUCGUGAGCAAGCAUAUGCCAGGUGACUACGACAUCGAGUAUGCCUCACCAUGGGCAGGGGCAAAUUUCAUGCCAGUCGGUAAAGAGGGCAGCAAGUUACGAGCACUCGAGAAGGCAACAUGGCCAGAAGUAGACCGGAUAUGUCGAGAGCUCCCAGAAGCUGGUAUUCAUUAUCAAGAAUGUAGGGUGUAUGGCAGGAAGAAAGAUGAAGGUACUGCUGUUGGUGUCUGGUUUCAGGAGUUGAUGAAGGAGGACCCAUGGUUCAAGGAUCUCAUGCCAGACUUGCGCAUCCUUGACAAAUCCGAACUCCCACCCUCCUGCGACACCGGAACAGUCUUCAAAUCCGUCUGCAUAAACACCGCCAUAUACCUCCCCUGGCUCGCGGGCCAAUGCCUCAAGAACAACGUGAUCCUCAAGCGCGGGAUCCUCUCGCACAUCUCCGAGGCGCCCUCUCACCACAGUGCCGGCAACGCUUCCAUUAUUCUCAACUGCACCGGCCUACUAACCUCCAAGCUGGGCGGCAUAAUGGACACCACCGUGUACCCGGGACGCGGCCAGAUUGCAGUCGUGAGAAACGAGCCCGGCGCUAUGCACACGACCUCCGGCACCGACGAUGGCUCGGACGAGGCUAUGUACAUCAUGCAGCGCGCGGCUGGUGGAGGCACUGUCAUUGGAGGUUGCUUGCAGCAUGGCAACUGGGAUAGUCAGGUUGACCCGAAUCUGGCUGAGCGUAUCUUGCAGAGGGCUGUAGAUAUCUGCCCUAGCCUGGCGCCGAAGACGGGGAAAGUGACGGAGUUGAGUGUGAUCAGGCAUGGCGUGGGAUUGAGGCCGAUGAGGGAGGGUGGAAUUCGGGUGGAGAAGGAGAAGAUUGGGAAAGAAUGGGUUGUGCAUAAUUACGGGCACGCCGGGUAUGGGUAUCAAAGUUCAUGGGGGAGUGCGUGGGAAGCGGAGAGGCUAGCGUUGGAAAUCUUGGAGAAGGAGGGCAAGACGGCGAAGUUAUGAGUUGAAUCGGCAAUUCGAUCAAAUAUCGCGAACUUUGUUCGUUAUUUGUCGCCAACCGAACCGACCUUGCUGUUCUUUACAGCCGACAGCACUCUUUCCUCGAGAUCCUUCACCGUACCGCUCUGCGCCAGUCGCUCUUGUGUGCCGCUAUCGAAGUGGGGCUUGACGUUGAACGCAUUUUGGCAGUACCUGAUUUUAUGUCAGGAUAGAACCAUCGUGUGAUGGGGAGCUAGUACGUGACGAAAUUGUCAAAGUCCUCUUUCACAAAUCCAAUGUCUGCCAAUUUUGUCUGUCCGUCUAGCUGGAAAUCAUCCGGCUUCUUCUCCAUGGCCUUGAGAAUAGUCUCUACAGUUCGUUCAGGCCGUGGCAGUACGUCAUCACUUGGGUUUGGCGAGCUCGCAGUCAUCUUGAUUGUGUGUAGAGGUAUACACGAGCGAUUGGGGAAACAAGGAUAGGGCACGUUGACCCAGCAGAUGUCUGUUGCAC